UCGCUGAAAAUGUUUUCUAUUAAUUUCUUGUCAGCUUUAUUGUUGCACCAUCGUCAUUUAAAAACUUUCCUUUGUCGUUUUUUUCAUCACAAUCGAUUUUUUCAUGGUCGGUCGUGGUUCUGGUUUUUUUUAAAUACUUUUUUCUCGGCGCGGCACCCACAGGUCCGGUCUAGUCGUCUGUCAUCGAAAGAUCUUUAUGUCGUUGUCGUCUGUGGUUGCACCUUCCGCAAAGAAAUAAAUCUUCUGCAGGCUACGGGGUGUAGUUUUUGUGAAGUAGGUGUAAUCUUCUUCUUUAUCCCAGCUUUACUAGACCGUUCCUGUUUAUUUGUACGUUUUCAUAAAUUUUGGCAGCAAUUUUUUCGUUUUGGCCUGUUAGUGUGUAAUCAAAAAUUUUUUGUCUGCAAUUUUGACGGCGCGGUGAAGUGAGCCUUGUCUGUGUAAAAUCGCCUACAAUUUUUCCAGGAUUUUGAGUAGAGCUUUCAUGUUCUUAGCCAACAAGUGUUGAUGUGAAAGAACGGAGUAGUUGUACUAGCUUGAAAAGAAAAAUAAAAAUGAACGACUACAUGCGCCACCGUGCGGGUCAGCUGCACCCCAAUCCGCACGUGCACGCCAUGUGGUGGAGUAAACAGCUGUCGAAGCACAGAUUGAAAACCAAGACCCUGGCUUCUAUGCAUGGCAAAUUUGUCUGGGUCUGGAAGAUUGCCAGGUUUGUCAUGGACAUUUUGCAUGACCAAUGACACCUGUAAUGCGUGCCCUAGCAUCACAGACUCUUAGAGGGCUUCGCGAUGCUUAUUCCGCAUGAGAAAUGCCCUCCCCGCGUAGCACAGACUGGACGCCUCUUGCUAGUCAUGCAAUGCAGAUUUUUUUGGAAUUCAAAGACAGCAUCUUCACAAAUUACCACCUUCCAGACAUCCAGGGAUAUUUGCAUUUGAUAGCUUCCCCG